AUGCCUUCAAUUUUAGAUGACGACGAUGAUCGAGAUUUGAUCGGAUCUCAAGAUGGCAGCUCGGAUGGCGGCAUGGAUGAUACCAUGCAAGAUAUGGAUGAUAUGGAAGUUGAUGUUGAGCCUGAGCCUGAGCCCGAGCCCGAGCCUAAUUCUCCUUCGAAUUCCAGUGUUGUCGAUUCGGAGCACCAUGCUAGAAACGCACAAAAUCCCGAAGUGAUAAUUACUGCCCCUGCGCUCGAUCCAGUUCCCGAUCAGCCCUUUAUGUACAGGCCACAGGUCCGUCCAGAAGUGCUGACUGCUGCAACGUAUGACAUUGUGCCGACAACAGCUGCCCCCCAUAGCACUUCCAUCAAUGCUGUCACUUCAACAGCCGAUAUGCGCUGGGUAUUUACCGGUGGCUCGGAUGGAUACGUGAGAAGGUUUAAUUGGGUCGAUUCUAUCAACAGCAAGCUCAUGCUCACUGUUGCCCAGCGCCAUCCAUUUGUCGACAGCGUUGUCAAGGCUGGCGUCUUGGUGAAUUACUGGGAGAACAUGGAUGGUACCGCAAUGUCGCCGGUAUACUCCCUUGCAGCUCAAGCAGAAGGACUAUGGCUUCUUACGGGCUUAGAAUCGGGCUUCAUUCGAUUGCAAUCAGUUCGUCAUGACGAGGGUAAAGAAAUUGCAGUACUCAAACAACAUACCUCUGCGGUAUCAGUCUUAUCUCUUACCCACGACGAGAGAUCGCUUUUGUCAGGCAGUUGGGAUAAGAGAGCGCUGGAGUGGGACCUCGAUACUGGAAAAGUGAAACGCACCUUUGGGCCAAGCAUUGGACAAGUUUCCGCCAUUGAAUUCCGUCCUGAAUCAAGCCUCCCCGUCCCACGGGAGAUUGUGGAGAAGCCACUAACAAAUGGCACAUACUCAUCUAAUAACCGUGCUGCCCCAUCAACCAACCAAAGUUUUGUUAACGGUGGAGGGAAUAAUAAAGAUGGACAAAUCGGCGACCAGCCUGGAUCUCCUGCCGAUUCUCUAUUUGAGGCGGACUCGCUUUUUGGAGAUGCAGAGGGUGGUGGUGAUGCUGACGCUCCGUCUGGUGGCGCAUUUGCAGCAGAAGACGAUGAGUUCUCCCAGGCACUGGCUAAUGGGAUAAAACAAAAACAACAGGUGCCCCGAAAAGAUGCAGACGAUAGCACUUCAAAUGCAAUGCCUAAUGGAAUCGUCUCGAAUUCGGAAUCACUGAUAGAAAGUAUCCCUGAAUCAGGCUCCACUAGCCAACUUCAAACAACUAAGCAAGAACCAGAAGACUCACAGGUCAAUGGGAUAUCUGACUCUGUAAUGAGUGGCCUCCCACACGCCGAAGAUAUGGAGUCUUCAGCAGCAACCAUGGAAAAAGGCGCCACCGCGAGUGACAUGAAUUCCCUCGGAAAUUCUAAUAGUACUUUCCUGUCUGCUUCGAUAGAUGGGACAAUUCGAGUGUGGGAUCGUAGGCAAUCGGAUCCGAUUGCCCGCAUAACGCCGCGAAACAGUCCACCAUGGUGUAUGAGUGCUUGCUGGUCUCCUGAUGGCAAUUAUAUCUACGCCGGUAGACGAAAUGGUACUGUUGAGGAGUAUAGUUUACACAAAGGCCUUCGGGAUCCCCAGAGAACCUUUAAAUUCCCACAUGGGAGUGGCGCAGUAUCCUCUGUUAAAAUAAUGCCCAAUGGGCGACAUCUUAUCUGCGCUUCUCAUGAUAUUCUACGCUUGUAUGACUUGAAGGAAGAGCAGAGCUCUAGAUCUUCGGUUCCCUUCCUCAUUAUACCCGGCCAUCGUACAGGUACCAUUUCCCAGCUUUACAUGGAUAACGCCUGCAAGUACUUGAUUUCUACCGGUGGAAACCGAGGGUGGGAAGGAUCAACGACAGAAGUCCUUCUUGGUUAUGAAAUAUCCUCCCUACAGUCCUAA